ACUGGACCACAUAAAGCUAAUAAGGGAUUUCGAGCGGAGGAAGAGAUGCGUUGGUGGUGUGCUGGAGGACACUGAAAGAGAGACCUGGAAGGUUUCUCCGUCGACGUCCUCCAGGUGCAAUCAGUAUGCCAACCGAUAUCGUAGUUACGUCGGCCUCGGCCACGUCGGUUUCGGAGGAGACAAGCAGGGGCCGAGACUUAGGCCUUGGACAGUCUUCAAGAUCAGGCCCCUCUUCUGCAGCCACGUCGUCCUCCAAUUCUAACGCAUCGUCAACCUCAAGAGGAUUUGAUCCAUCCAGCACUCUCGCCUACCAUCAUCACCGCCACAGUUUAGUAACCGGUCUGGGUCAUGCUCAUCACCGAGAAUCGUCCGCUUUUGUGCCUGUAGUGCCUUCAAGAUUACAACUCACUCCGUAUCCUGGUGAAAUGCAUCCGGGCCAUCUACCCGGGCCACCGCCCUCGUCCUCAUCGUCAACGAAUUCGGAGCACGAAGUGGGCCCUGAAUCUUCAGUAGCCAGAAAAACCUCUUCGAGUUACGAUAUCAUGGCGAUGAUGGCCGACAAGAGAAAAGAAUUAGCGAGAGGUCUUUUGUUACCACCCCAUCCUCUCCUUGAGCCACCUGGGUAUCCGGUAUUUGCCGGCCCUUUUCCAGGUAGUUCCGCAUUGUAUCCCCCAGGUGGUCCGUUAGCCCAUCAACAUUUGGACCGAAGGUUGCUUAGAGCACCUGGCAGGGCAUCCAGACCGAAGAAGCAGUUUAUUUGUAAAUUUUGUAAUCGGCAGUUUACGAAAUCGUACAAUCUUCUCAUUCACGAGAGGACUCAUACUGACGAAAGACCGUAUUCCUGUGACAUAUGUGGCAAGGCAUUCAGGCGGCAGGAUCAUCUUAGGGAUCAUAGGUACAUCCACAGCAAGGAGAAGCCUUUCAAAUGUGGAGAAUGUGGUAAGGGCUUUUGUCAGAGUCGUACUUUAGCAGUUCACAAGAUUUUGCAUAUGGAAGAAUCUCCGCAUAAAUGUCCUGUUUGCGCGAGAAGCUUUAAUCAGCGCAGUAACCUCAAGACACAUCUUUUAACGCACACGGACCACAAGCCUUACGAAUGUACGUCAUGCGGCAAAGUAUUCCGCAGAAAUUGCGAUCUUAGGAGACACGCGUUGACACAUGCCGUAGGUGACGUUCCUCCAGAGGCACUGGAAGACGCGUUGAGGGACGAUGACAGUCCCGAAGAGGAUUGUCCUGAACCUGGACCAUCGUCCUCAUCGACGUCCACAACACCGUCUGCACCUUCUGCAUCUUCUAGUUCGUCUGGAUAUCCUUCUCAAGGAUCUUCAGUCCCACCACCCGCGCCUACAGCAUCGGCCUCAGCACCACCUCUUCCUCAAAGACCGCAACUUCAGAUUAGAAGGGAUCUAUUACCUGCUGUAAAGACAUCGACAGUAACCAGCGGAGCUUCUGCGACUCAUUCUGUCACCCAGAACCCACCUGCUGCUCUUCCGCCGCCACCCCCGCUCAUUUUGGCUUCUUACCGACGAAGAAUUGGCUCUCCAGGUCCUUCCAGAGUAUUUCUGGAGCUUCAAGAGCGCGAGCGCGAGAGAGAACGGGAGAUGGAGCAGAACAGAGAAAGAGAACGUAACAGAGAACGUGACAAGGAAAUAGCCAGACCACCGAGAGCACCAACACCACAACCACCACCACCACCACCUAGACCUGCACCAGCACGUCAGGGUUUCACCAUUGCGGAUAUAAUGGGUCGAUAGAAAAUGUGUCGCAGGUAGUUUUCUCCUGUGCUUGAAUUUCUUUUCGUAAAUAGGCUCUAUGGAUUACACGAAGGAGAGGUACCG